GUUUCCGUAAAAUCAUCACAUCCAUCACUCCAUCACUUGUGCAUUAUUGUACAUAUUUGCACUACCACUUCUUUGCUCUACCUGUACAUACAACUACCUACCGCUUCAACGCCCUGGUGUCCUGUUCUUGCUUCUCUUUUGCUUCAAAAGAAAUGGUCCCUUCCUCCCCGUUGUUUUGUGGACCUUGGUGAUUGUGGUGACAUAUUGGACUGGCCAUGUUCGCGCAAUGUAAAGGCUCGUUAUGGCGGCUCGAUGAUCUGAGCCAUUGCUUUCGAGCAGACUAUCUGCAAACGCUGUUCCCUCUUCUCGCUGCCGCCAUAUCUCUCCUCUUGAUCCUACGCCAACUUAUUCCUCUGAGAGAAAUCUUAAAGCGCAGGUCAACUCGAUACCAACCCUUGGUCAAUAUCGAUGACGAUGAAGAUGACUCUCUCGAUACCGAUACUGAAGAUGCCGACAGCUUGACCAAGCUCACCUUGCAAAGAACUGUCAGCCAUGGGGAUCGUGCACCCAAAGACAUCGAUAGACCCACCGCUGAAGUCUUCCUCGUCACCCUCGAGUUCGUCCUUGUUCUGGCCCAGCUCGUCCUGAGCUUCGUACAGGUGAUCCAUGCCGCCAAGAGUGAUCACACAGCAUGGAUAGCUCAAGUUUGCUUCUGGUUUUAUGUCUCUGUGGUGGAUGCCGCACGAUUGACGGCUUCAACCACCAACUGGACUGUCCCCGUUAAAGGGCUUUGGGAUCACAGCGCCGCUCUGUAUGGAAUCCAAUGGCUUCUACAAAUUUGGAUCUUCAGAUCGGCUCUUCUACAGUCGCUGCACCGACUUUCGAAUGUUCUGACUGUCGUCACUUUUACCAUCACUACCGUCCUAGCCUUAAUUGUCUUGUUCUCCCGCAAAGGGAAUAAAGGCGUUCUACUUGAAUAUGACGGCGAUGUCGAACCCUCCCGAGAGCCUCUCGCCAGCAUUUUUUCGAUCAUCUCCUUUUCUUGGUGCGAUUCCCUCAUCUACAAGGGCUACAAGAAGCCCCUCGAGAUGGCCGAUGUAUGGAAUGUUACCCUACAAGACAAAGCCGAACAUUGUCUUGCUACCUUCCGCCAGAUCAAAAAGACACAUUCUCUUGCCCUUCGCUUGCUCUUGCACUUCAAGAGUCAACUCCUGAUACAAGGCGUCUGGUGUAUUGUCUCGAGCAUCUUUCCAUUUCUCACCCCCUUGUUGCUCAAAGCCGUACUGGAAUUCCUCGAGAACCGCGACACAACUCCGGUCAGUGCUGCUUGGCUUUACGUUUUUCUAUUGUUUGCCACCGGUAUCAUUGUUGCAAUCUGUGACGGCCAAGCUUUGUGGAUCGGUCGCAAGGUCUGCAUUCAACUUCGUGGCAUCAUCGUCGGUGAGAUCUACUCAAAGACCCUCCGCAGAAAGGCGGCUGCUACUACCGAAAGUGACUCGGCGAAGGACAAGCCCCAAGACAAACCUACAUUUUGGACAAAGAUCAAGUCACUGUGGCAACAGACUUCUACGAAAUCGACAUCUGAACCCAAUUCGCCAUUGCACUUGGUGAAAUCUGGUCUGAACCCGGCGAAUAAUGGCACCGUCAUCAAUCUGAUGUCGAUUGAUUCGUUCAAAGUCGCUGAAGUCUCAUCCUAUUUACAUUUUUUGUGGGCUGCCGUACCUGUUCAGCUCAUCAUGGCCGUGUCACUCCUUUACAAGGUCCUCGGGUUCAGUUCGUUCGCUGGCAUCGGAUUGAUGGUCCUGAUUCUUCCGCUGAACCUCUACAUCGCCAAAUCAUUCCAGGCGGCACAGAAAAAAAUCAUGCUUGCCACUGAUGGAAGAAUCCACGUCACCAACGAAGUCCUCCAGAAUAUCAGAAUCAUCAAAUACUUUGCUUGGGAACAACGAUUCGCUAGUAACGUCAACGAAAAGAGGUCCGCCGAGCUCAGUGCCCUUUGGGGGAAAUACAUUGUUUGGUCUAUUGCAGCUACCAUCUGGAGCGGUGUACCCAUCCUGAUCACCUUUACCUCUUUCUUCUUGUAUACAAUGGUUGAGAAGCGACCUCUGGUUCCCUCGGUGGCCUUUCCAGCUCUUUCGAUGUUCUCCCUUCUUCGCGUCCCCCUGGAUCAGCUUGCGGAUAUGGUUGCUCACGUACAAGAGUCCAAGGUUUCUGUCGACCGGGUGGAGGAAUUCCUCAACGAAGAAGAGACUGAGAAAUAUGUUCAGCUGCGUCAGAGUCGACGAGCUAGUCGCCCGGUUACACGGAUUGCACUGGACAAUGCCACUUUGUCAUGGGGCAUUAGCAACAAGGACGCUGUCGAAGCGUUCCGCCUGAUCAACAUUAAUGUUGAUUUCGUCAUCGGCCAAUUGAACAUCAUCGCGGGGCCUACUGGAUCGGGCAAAACUUCGCUGCUGAUGGCAUUGUUGGGAGAAAUGCAGUUAAUGAACGGCAGUGUCUUCAUUCCAGGUGGUUAUAGUCGACAGGACUUGCGUCCAGACCCAGUCACUGGCAUGAUCGAGGCCGUCGCAUACUGCGCCCAGCAACCCUGGCUUGUCAAUGCUACAAUCAAAGAGAAUAUCCUUUUCGCCAAUCCCUACGAUGAGGAUCGCUAUCAGGAAGUGUUGGCAGUAUGUGCUCUGGAACGUGAUCUGGAAAUUCUUGAUGCUGGAGACCAGACACUGGUUGGAGAAAAGGGGAUUACCAUGUCAGGGGGGCAGAAACAGCGCAUUUCUCUCGCCCGUGCAAUCUACUCCAACUCAAAGCAUCUUUUGCUCGAUGAUUGUUUAAGUGCUGUUGAUGCUCAUACCGCAAAACACAUCUUCGAACGGGCAUUGAAGGGCGAAUUGAUGUUCAACCGCACUUGCAUCCUUGUUUCACAUAACCUUGCACUGACGGUUCCCCUGUCCAGCUUUGUGGCUGUUCUUGAGAACGGUAAAGUCGUCUCGAAAGGAACACCACAACAAGUUAUGGAUAGUGGAGCACUUGGGGAUGAAUUACUGAAAUCACGUCCUGUGUCACGAGCGGGAUCCGGCGCUCCCUCACGAGUUUCAUCCAAUCUGGAAGAAGAAACUUCAAAAUUGUCGGGCCAAUACCAGAAUGGCAACUCUAAUGGCCAGGCUCGCACCAACAAGGGCAGAGUCAAAGCGUCAAAGAAAGAUCCGACUUUUGUUGAUCAUAGAGUGGAGAACAAAGCUACCGGAAGCGUCAAACUUUCCACCAUCACCAUGUACCUCGCAGCUAUGGGCCCAUGGUGGUAUUGGAUAUUUGCGGCAUCCGGAUUUAUUGCGACCCAACUGGGAUCUGUCGCGACCAACGUCUGGAUUAGACAGUGGGCUAAUGCUUACCACGUCAGGGAAGCAAACACCUCGCACGCAGCAGUACAUGCUUUUCACCCAGUCAAGCCCUCUAACUCUUGGAAUUUUGGUACUUCAUACACUAUUGUUCCACAAACCGACGGUGGCUUCCUCUCAAAGCUGGGCAUCAACGGCAAUGAUGUUGAUGUGCCUUACUAUCUAGGCAUCUAUGCACUUAUCGGCGCUGUCUAUGUCUUUAUCUGCCUGGGAAGAGAGCUGGUUCUCUUCUGGGGCUCCAUGCGUGCGUCGUGGUUUCUCCACGAAAAACUGCUGACAAGUAUUCUCCGGGCCAAGUUUCGCUUCUUUGAUUCCACACCCCUUGGUCAGUUGACGAAUCGAUUUUCCAAGGAUAUCCAAGCUUUGGAUCAGGAAGUGGCCCCGGUAGCAAUAGGCAUGCUGCACAGCGCUGCUUCGGUCUUGACUAUUGUCAUUCUCAUCUCCGCCAUCACGCCUGGUUUCUUGAUUCCCGGCUUCUUCAUUACGCUCAUGUACAUUGCUACAGGGCUGUUUUACAUUCGCUCUUCGAGAGAUUUGAAGCGCUUGGAGUCGGUUCAACGUAGUCCUCUGUUCCAGCAUUUCGGUGAAACUGUUACCGGAGCUGUCACAAUUCGCGCGUACGGAGAUGAGGCAAGGUUCAUUCAAGAGAGCAACUUACGCAUCAACACACACAAUCGGCCCUUCAUCUUCCUCUGGGCGACUAACAGAUGGCUUGCAUUCCGGAUAGAUGUUGCCGGGGCCUUUGUGUCCUUCUUCUCAGCCAUGUUUGUUGUGCUUAACGGGGACAGAAUUGAUCCCGGUACGGCAGGCUUGGCUUUGUCGUAUGCAAUCACGUUUACGCAGAAUGUCCUUUGGCUUGUGCGACUCUAUGCUGCCAACGAGCAGAACAUGAACUCGGUCGAGCGUCUACAGGAAUACAUUGAGGUCGAGCAAGAAGCUCCUGCGAAGAUCCCGGAGACACAACCUCCUGCCAAUUGGCCUAGCCAAGGAUCCAUUCAAUUCGUUGGAUAUACAACGACAUACAGAUCUGACCUCGAGCCAGUGCUCAAGCGGCUUACAUUCCGCAUCGAGGGCAGUCAUAAGGUCGGGAUAGUAGGCAGGACUGGAGCAGGGAAAAGCUCCUUGGCACUGGCGUUAUUUCGUGGACUUGAAGCGUUGGAAGGCAAAAUCUUGAUUGACGACAUUGACGUUGGCUUAAUUGGACUCCAAGAUUUGAGAGAGGCGAUUACCAUUGUCCCUCAGGAUCCUACUCUUUUCACUGGGACUUUACGUACCAACCUGGAUCCAUUCGAGCUUUUCACGGAUGCAGAGAUCUUCACGGCUCUACGCCGAGUUCAUUUGAUUUCUGACUCGUCGGGGCUGGCAGAAUCAUCUGGGACAGCAACUCCUCCAGAGGUUUCAAGCACAUCACCGACACUGCGCGAGGAUUCCAGUCCUCCAGAGAGUCAAACAGGACAAUCGGCUAACGGCACAGACACAACGGGGUCAACUUUAGUACCAAGCAUGACAAACACGAAGGACAACAAGAACAUAUUCCGAGAUUUGUCAUCACCAGUGGCAGAAUCAGGGUCGAAUCUGUCCCAGGGGCAACGUCAACUUCUAUGUCUCGCACGUGCUCUCCUCAAAUCGCCUAAAGUGUUGGUCAUGGAUGAAGCCACUGCGUCGAUCGAUUAUGCGACAGAUUCCAAGAUUCAAGGUACACUGCGGGAGCUGAAGAACAAUACGAUUUUGACGAUCGCACAUCGACUGCAGACGAUCAUUGAUUAUGACCGAGUAUUGGUAUUGGAUAAGGGAAUGGUGGUUGAAUACGCGGAUCCGUAUGAACUUCUGCAAAAGGAAGACGGGUACUUGCGCUCGAUGUGUGAAACGAGCGGGGACUUUGACAGUCUCUAUGAGAUUGCGAGAAAGGCGUGGGAACAACGCCGAUUAAUUGACGACUCUUGACCGCAGGCUGAAGCGGCAGGGUCAUGUGUACAGAGAGUCUAGUCAUUGGGUUGCAUUCUUGACAAAGCAUUGUUUCUAGAUGGGUAGGAGCGUUUGUUUGCGUUUCAUCGUCCAUGGAACAAAAUCAAUGUUCAUCAUUGUUGGCGAUUGCUAGACUUGUUGGCGAGUGAUGAUGAUGAUGAGCUUGAAUUGGCGUGAGACGAUAUAUUUCCGUGGGUAAAUGGAUAUCAGGGAAAGGUCAUGAAAAGACCAAGGCCUCCUUGAAUGAAACUUGAUACUUCUCUUAAGACGUCGCCGAUACAACCCUCGAAGAGAAGAGACCCUCGGCGGCGUCCUUGAUGGCAGCUGUCGCUUUGAAAUAUAACUGCGGACCCACGCUGACUCUACUGACUCCAAUAGCAGCAACAUCAUCAACAGUCAAUUUCCCCGGCGACAAAGCCACCGACACGUUCAAUCUUCCUCCUAGAGCAUCGCUCAAAGUUUUCACCUCCUCGGUCUUCAACCCACCCCUGGUAGCACCACCAAUGACAAAAACCGUCGUUGCCCCGGCCUCGAGAUAUUUCCUCCCUCUCAAAAUCGUAUCCUCCAUCUCCCCACCAUGCAACAACGUAUCAACUCUCGCAUUAACCACAAAAUCAUUCACUCCAUUCUCCUCCGCAGCCUUCAAAGCCCGUCGAAUCCGCGCGACCCCUUCAUCGACUGAAUACUGCUUCUUCGUAUCUUUAUCGACAUCCUCGAUGUUGGCUCCAACGGCACCAUGGGAGAUGACGGCGGCGAUGGCUUCUUCUAGACGUGACCCGUAUCCGUCUUGUAGGUCCACGGUCAAUGGUUUGUUGAAUUCUUGGGCGAUCUUGGAAAUACGGGAUACGGCUGAAAGGUUAUUUUCGAGGGUUAGCUCGUCGUCGGUGGUUCCAGAUGCCAAAGCGACGGCGUAUGAGGCGGUUGCGAUGGCUUGCACGGUGGGAAGUGAGCCGAUGACUCGUGCGGAGGAUUCAUCCCAUGUGUUGGCGAGAAUGACUGGUUGGCCCGGUUGGUGCAGGGAUUUGAAGUACGUGGCUUGGGUGUUGAGGGGGUUUGAUGGUGACAUUGUAUGGUUAUUGUAUAAUAUGGUAUUGAAUAGGUAGUCACGGGGUAUUAUGGAUGUUGUG